UUGAUACAGAGAAAGUGAGAUGUAUAAAAGACUCCUCUGAUUAUUUAACGGGUUACAGAUCUGCACCAGUGACUCUAGAACCGAUAGAGAACAUGGAGAACCACCAAGUUUCACAGGGGCUGAGGAAGUGGGUGGGACUUCUCAGAGUUCAUACCAUCUUCCUCAUGCUGAUUGGCCUUCUGCUUUCCAUUGGCACCAAUCAGGCAGCUGCACAGCCCCAGGUGAAUACCACUCAUCCAAAGAUUUCCCCAGAAACAGAACUGGCCUCCCUGAAGUUGGAGUUGAACUCUGUGCGUUAUCGCUUCAGACUCCUAUGCCGGGACCACGCCAGCCUGGCGAAGAACUGCUCUGACACAGUUGUGAAUUGCACAGAGUGUCCUGUAGGUUGGAUUCAUAUAGAUGAGCAAUGUUAUUUCUUCAGGACUGACAAGAUGAACUGGACGAACAGUAAAGACAACUGUACCGCCAUGGGCAGCCGACUAACUAUCCUCCAAGGCAAGGAACAGAAUGCUCUGAUGAAUGAGUUCAAAAGGGAGAGUGGAUUUGGAAACCAGUACUUCUGGAUCGGCCUGUCAGACAUUGCAGAGGAGGGGCACUGGAGAUGGGUGGACCACACAGAACCGACAGAAACGUUCUGGGACAAGUGGAGUUCUCAGCCUGACAACUACAAAUCCGGUGGGGACGAAGGGGAGGACUGUGUGGUCCUGAAUCCUAACACUCAGACCUGGCAUGAUGUGCCUUGUGACUUUGAAUACCCCCACAUCUGCCAAAAGGACGCCACCCAGAUCAUUCUGUAGAGGCCAGCAUUGUGGAGAAAAUGAGUAGCCAUGUAAAACGUUGAUCAUUUUCAUUAUGAUCUGAACAUUAAUUGCAUUAUGAACAGCAAUAAGCCUAUGGAAAAUUGUUAUUGUGUUUAUUGAUUAGCAGCCUGCUAUAAUACUGUAUUAUAUUGUAGCAUACAGUCAUGUUUACUUCAAUGGGCAAGGAACAAAUUGCUUGUAAUACUGAACCAUCUGGAUGUUACAUUGAAAAAUGAUAUAGCUGGCGUCAAAGUAGCUAGUGUUACUGCCCUACUUCUUUUUUCUUUUCCUGUUUAAUUCAAUAUUUGCAAUAAGAUUAUUAUUUUACAGACUAGCAGACUAAAGUAACAAUUAGCACUUUCUGUUAAUAUAAACAAUUUAACAAUAUAACUUAAUUACCACUCAAAUCACAAUGGAACUAGCUUGCUUGACCAGGCUCAUACUGCAGUAUACACACUUAUUUUAACUGUAAUAUACAGUUGUGCUCAAAAGUUUGCAUACCCUUGGAGAAUUGGUAAUGAUAGAUAUUGAGCAUGAAAGUAAUUGAAUUAAGCUUGACAAAAUGUAUGGAGUACUUACUAUCUCUGUAUGGAGGACACUAGGUAGGAAAUGUGAUGUCCCAUUACUGAUGGGUCCCAAACACCCUGUCCACAUACCACCUGCUAGGAACUGUGUAUGUGACUGUCAUAGGACUCUCUGAAUGGACCCUUGGGCCAUAGGUUGGAAUACGCCAUACAAGGGAAUUUUGUAGGACAAAUUAUUUCUUAUAAUAGUCUGUAUAAUGGUUGGCUAUGAACACUGAGCACCUCCUGUGUGUUCUGGAAUAAAUUACUGUGUUUAUGUUGUAAUAAUUUGGAGAGAAAAUGAAAGAACUAUGGAAGGUUAUCAUCGUAAACCUCAUGCUGAAUAAAGGCUCUCCCCUGA